CUUAGCUUUAAGCUUAAGACAAGAAUUUAAUACUUCUAUCCUAUUUGGACCUUUUCAGUUGGCAGACACUCUCCUUGAUCAUAUUGUGUGGCAAACUUUUUCUUACAAGAACAAAAGAACUUGCCAAUUAAAAAGAAAUGGAUUGGAUUGUUUCUAUUUCAGUACUGUUCCUAUCUACACUUAUGAUUAUGCUCCUUUUUAAGAUGGGCAACCCCUGGAAGAAGAGCUCCAAAGAUUUUCCACCAGGACCCAGGCCUUUGCCUGUUGUUGGAAACCUCCACAUAAUGGAUCUGAAGAAACCUUAUCAGACAAUGUUAGAGCUAUCAAAACAGUAUGGACCCGUGUUCAAACUCCUACUGGGACUCCAGAAAAUAGUGGUGCUAACAGGUUAUGAGACCAUAAAGGAAGCUCUGGUGAAUAAGGCUGAUGUGUUUGCUGAGAGGGCCUCUGUCCCCAUAUUUGAGGAGUUUUCAAAGGGUUUUGGAGUAGCUUUUUCCCAUGGUGAGAACUGGAGGGUGAUGAGGCGUUUUAUGUUAAGCACAUUACGGGAUUAUGGGAUGGGUAAGAGGUCUAUGGAAAGCAGAAUAGCUGAAGAGUGCAGUUUCCUGGUAAAGAAGUUUGAAUCUUACAAAGGAAAACCAUUUGAAUUCAGAAGAAUCAUGACUGCAGCUGUUGCCAAUAUCAUAGUAUCCAUUUUACUUGGGAAGCGAUAUGACUAUGAAGAUCCAAGAUUUAUUAAAUUAUUGAGCUUGACAACAGAAAAUGCCAUGCUUAUAGGAAGCCCAGGAGUGCAGCUAUAUAACAUGUUUCCCAUGCUUGGCUUUCUUUUUGGCGCUCGUAAGAAAGUCCUGAAGAACAGAAAGGAAUUACGUGCUUUUCUCAAUGAAAACUUCAUCCAGUGUCUUAACAAUCUAGAUGAAAAUGACACAAGAAACUUUAUUGAUUCAUAUCUUGUACAACAGCAACAGGAAAGAAAGACCCAGAGCAAUGGAUAUUUUCACCAUAAAAAUCUAGAAGAGUCCGUGACAAAUCUAUUCAUUGCUGGUGUGGAAACAAUCUCAAGCACUCUAUUUUGGGCCUUUACUCUAAUGAUGAGGUACCCUUUAAUUCAGAAAAAGGUCCAAGAAGAAAUAACAAAUGUUAUUGGAUAUGCUCAACCAAGAGCUGAACACCGAACAAAAAUGCCAUACACAGAUGCUGUAGUCCAUGAAGUUCAAAGAUAUGCUGAUGUCAUUCCCUUAAACUUGCCACAUGCAACUACAGUGGAUGUUAACUUUAAGGGCUAUUUCAUUGCAAAGGGCACAAAUGUUAUUCCAUUGCUGACCUCUGUGCUCCAUGAUGAAUCUCAGUGGGAGAAACCUUAUGACUUCUACCCUGAACAUUUUCUCAACAUUGAAGGAAAAUUUGUAAAAAGAAAUGCAUUCAUGCCUUUCUCUGCAGGUCAGAGAGUAUGUCCAGGUGAGAUCCUUGCCAAAACGGAAAUAUUCAUGUACUUUACUAGUCUUCUGCAGAGAUUCACCCUCCAGCCAGCUCCUGGAUUAUCAAAAGAAGACCUGGACAUGACCCGUGCCGUUGGGUUUACAACACCUCCCAAGACUUAUAUGUUAUGUGCUAUAACACGUUUCUAAAAACUAGGGAUAUUCAAAGACUCAUGAGUCUGAAUUGCUCAGUUGUACCUGUCUCUCUUGGAGCCUUUCCCCCCUCCCCCCUGCAACAUCUAGUUUUGAAUAUGAUCUUUUGCUGGUGUUUGUGUGUGUGUGUGUGUGUGUGUGUGUAUGUGAUGUAUGUAUGUAUGUGUGUAUACACACACACAUAUAC